ACCUACGCAUAGAGGAUUCGUUGCUGUAGGCUCCUGAGUAUAAGGAAGGACUUUAAAAAGUUGUGGACAAUAAUAAAAUCUUUACGAUCUUUACGUGUAGACAAAUUUGUGAUCAAAGAUAUGUAUUUCAAAGGUUGGGGUAGUUUUUUGAUGUUUUUAUUGUUAGGUGUGUCUAAUGUACAGGUCGUCUAUGUUGUUCGGAGGAUCCUGAAUUUACUGACACAAUGUCCUAUCUUAGUAGCCCAGGCAAAAGGGCUAAUUAACGAGCUACGGCAAGUCUGUGGAAAUGAACUGCCCCAGGAAAUAAAGAACAUCCUUCCAAGGUUAGCAGCUGAAAGCAUGCUAGACACUGCACAUACGCGCAUGGUUACCAUAGCAGAUGACAGGCUUUCUACACUCUUAGAAUGCAUAGAAGAGCAUCUACAUCAUUUCGAGCGUAAUCCAAGCCAGUAUAAAGAUACAUGGUUGCCGUCACUGGAUGCAUAAAAUUGGAGGCCUCCUAACACGUUUUUGAUAUUAGUAUGUAAAUUAAAAAAUUGCGAUGAUCUAAAAAAUGUGAGGGAUACCUAACAAGGAAAUCAGCAUUUUUUGGAGUUAAUGUAGUAUUAUACGAACUAGUCUGGAAAUUAAUAUAUGUAGUUAUAAUUCCUGCGUGUUUAUUGUUUAAUUGCUUUUUUACCGUGUAAUAUUAAUAUAUUUUAAUAAUUAUUUGGGAUAAAUACUUAACCUUUGUAAAAAUAAUACCUAUUUGUACUUAUUUUUAGUUUAGUUAUGUUCUGCAUGUUUAAAAUGGCGGUAAAACCGUUACAAAUUGCCACAAUAGGAAAAAUAUUUUGUAGGAAUGAUAUACUUUAUAACAGAAGAAUAAUAUAAUAAUAAUUAAAUGUAUAAUUGUAG